CCGGUAUGGUAAAUUGUUUCUCCCUUCAAAUUCGCAAAUGAAAUCACAAUUUUAAAUUGUAUACAAUAAAAUGAAUACAAUGGUGAAUAUAAUUCAUCCGAAAUUAUUAACAAAACCGCCAAUUUGUGGGAAAAAAGCAAUAGCAACAAAAAAUGAAACGAUGGAAUUAAAAAAUUUAGAAAGAGAAAAUGUAACAAUGUUUCAAUCUAUACAAAAAGAAUUGACAAAACCAACAAAUGAUUGUAAUCAAAAUGUUAUUGAGCCAAAUUCAUGUUCAUUUCAACAACUUUGCAGUAUGAUUAAUGAUCUUGAGGAAAAUUUAUGUUAUUCCAAUAAUGUUGAUCAAGAAGAAUUACAAAAUGUUUCUUAUAAAUAUCAAAGUCAACUUCAACCGGAAAAAGAUGUUUCAAUUAAUAAUUGUAGUUCGAGUGGACAAACUUAUGACGAUAUUAUGCAAUUAUUAGGUUCACUGGAGCAAGAAAUUCCAAAAUUAGAACCAAUAAAUGGUGGGAAAUCGACUCACGCUCUUGAAGAAUUUUUAUCCAAUGAUCAAUUUGUUCAAAGUCACUCAAAAUUAAGGAGUAAAAUAAUUCCAAAUUCACAACUACAAGACGAUUUAGAAACGACACGGCUUCAAUUGGAAGAGAAGGAAGCAACUUUAGUGUGUUUAAAAAAUGAAUUAAAAAAUGAGAGAAAAGUUGCUUGUGAAAAAUUAAAUUCAUUGAAAAAAGAACAUGUAUUGGCGCUUCAAUCACAAAAAUUAAAAUAUCAAGGUAUCGUGAAGCGUCAUCAAAAAUUUAUCGAGAAAUUGUUGUCGGAGAAAAAAGAAUUAACAGAAAAAUCCAAUGCAUUGACGCAGAGAAUUAAAGAAAUUGAUGCAAAACAUCAACGUGAUAUUAAAGUCGCUGUCGAGAGACAUUCAGUUGAAAUUCAACGUGCCAAGGAACUUUGUGCGGCUUCAGAAAAAAUUAGAAGAGAACGAUGGUUAGAGGCAAAAACAAAUAAAAUUAAGGAAAUGACAGUGAAAGGUUUGGAACCAGAAUUACGAAGUAUGACAGAACAACAUCAAUUGGAAAUACAAAAUUUACGAAGUAUUCAUCUUGAGGAACUUCAAAAUAUGGAUCUUCGCGCGAUUCGACGAACAAAUCAACAAAUGGAACAACUUCGCGUUGAAUUAACAGAAAAUCAUGAAAAAUUAUUAAAUGAAGAAAAAGAAAUUCUUCGUUCCAGAUAUGAAGAAAAAUUGAACGAACAAGAAUUUCUCUUUGAUGAAAAACAAAGAAAAUAUUUUGAGGAACUACAGCAAGAAAAAGAGAAAUUUUCCCAAGAACAAAUGAAAAGAGAUGCAGAGAGAAAUGGAGAAAUUAAUCGAGUUACAGCCGAUUUUAAUGAAAAAGCGGAAGCAAUGAUGCAAAGACAUCGAAGCGAAUUAGAAUCACUUCGAUCGUCAUUGAAAUUGGAACAGGAAAUUUGGACGGAAAAUCAACAGAGACAGUAUAAUAUUAAAUUUGAAAUAGCAGAGUCGAAAAUUAAGGACGAGAGUACUAAAGAAAGAGAUCGACAAAUUGAAAUUGCGAUUGAACGUUUGGAAAAGGAAUCGAGAAAUAUGAAAAUUAAUUUUCAAAAAACAUCUGAAAAUAAAUUAAGAUGUCUAACAGAAAAAUACGAAUCAGAGUUACAAAUUGUCAUUGAUAAUGAACAAGUUUUAAAAGCGAAAUUAUCAUCCGCUCAUGAAAGACUCGAAACUAUUGAAACUCGCCUCGAAAAAACGGAAACAAUUUUACAGCAACGAAUUAUGGAUUUGCAAAAUGCUCGAAAAUCAUUGGAAACAGUAUCAGUGGAAAGAGACAAUGCUAAAAGAGUAGUGAGACAGGAAAUUGAAUCCGAGAAAAGGGAAUUAGAGGAUAAAAUUGCGUCACUUUAUCGAGAAUUAACGGAAAAUAAUUCCAAUAGAGAAACGCUGAUGACACAAUUAUACAGCAGGAUAAAACUAAUAGUAACUCAGAAGGAUCUGUCGAUAAAAAAUCUUAUACAAGAAACAACGGAAACGAAAAAGAAAUGCGAUCACUUAGAGAAACUUUUGGAUCAACAACGACGUGAUUAUGUUCUGAAAUCUUUGUAAAUAUUUCCUCAUUUUUAUGUACUACUUUAUCAAAUAAAAACUUAAUAAAAAAAAAAAAAAACCAAGUAUUUGUGAUUUUUCUCGA